GGCUUCUAGCGUGCUGGGCAGCUUAUUUUAGCCAGGGACCGUAUCCGCUUCUGUAUUUGACGGAUGCUGACGCUUUUUUUGGUGAGGCAAGUUGGGCAAUAAGACCCUGAAUACGUUACUCUUCGUGCUCAUGGCUACCCAUCUUGGUUGAGCUGCUUGACGCCACAAGCCUUGCGCAAUCCUGCGAUACUACCUCCGCUUUCAGCCAAAUGCAAGUCUGAUGUCUCGCAUACUUGCACCAAUUGGCCAUCAGCAACCUGCAGGCUGGCGUUUUUUUAGAAUUGGCUUUCAGCUCGGGGAGUUAUGAGUAGUGCAACGUCACAUUCCUCUUUUGGCAAAGCAAACCCCGUAGGUUACCCCUCACGAUGGACGGGACGGGAGACAGCAGUUGGAGAAACUAUAUAGGCUGCUCCAUCGCUCAUCCCUUGUCUCAGUCCAUUCUUUCCCCUCAGCCUUCUUCUUCUUCUACCUAGAGACAAUUCUUCCGCCGCCCAUCAUGCACCAAUCCGUCCUUGUCAACGCGCUCGUCGCCUCAGCGACACUCGCCGCCGCCACGGUCCCUUGUGUCGAUGUUCCCGCUUGCCCCAAGGUCGGCACGAUCCGCUACUCCAAGUCGGUGCCCGACAAGAAGGACUUUCCUCGCACACAGGUCGACCUGUGCUACACCGACACCAAGCUCUCGCUGACAUUUACGGCGCGCGAUGAGGUCAACUUCUUCUUCAACGCGACCCAGGGCACCAACGACGCCAUCUACGAGUACGAGGUCAUGGAGGCCUUCAUCUACAAGGGCACCGACGACCCUUCCACGUACCUCGAGUACGAGGUCAACCCCAACAACGUCACCUACCAGGCCAUGAUCUACAACCCCAGCAAGGACCGUAGCCCUGGUGCGCCGUUUGACCACUUCUACAUCACGGACCCCGCCACCGACGGCUUCACGGCCAAGACGACGCUCGAUAAGCCUGGCAAGACCUGGACAAGCAAGUCGGAGAUUCCUCUGGCUCUGUUCAACGUGGAUGCCGGCAAGGCCAAGGGCACCAAGUGGCGCAUGAACUUUUUCAGAACCGUUGUGGCGCCUGAUACGUAUCCCGAUCAGUUCCUGGGCGCCUGGGGCGUGCCUGACAAGGCCAGCUUCCACAUUUCCAAGUUCUUUGGCAAGGUCAACUUUGUUUAAACGAAGAGAAAAAUGAAGAAUUAACUCUAGAGGACAAACGCUGUAUAUAGUAGAAAUAGGGAAUAAACUUUGUACAUGUUUAGCUGCACUUUUUUGUUUCUCUGUAGUGGUUGUUCGCUGUGUUGUAAGUUAGCAGCAACCGCAGAAGCAGCCUGUACUUCCUAAAUGGGAAAUAGACGCCCCAGCAGCGAAUUACAAGUGGUGGAUUAUGGGUUUGUUUGCA